AUGGCGUCACAUCACGAAGCACGGUUCAGGUCCAGUUUAGAUGUAAAAGCUCAGCUCAGCUUUACCGUUGGAUGCUUUGUCGGGUACGGAACCUUAACAGACGUCAACGAGCAAAUAGAAGCCGUGGAAGAACAAUGCAGGCUUCAAAAUCAACUUUCUCAGAUAAUCCAUAGCAGCCAGCUAUGCGUUAUGACAAUCGAAAAUACUCCGGAUAGACGAAUAUCCGCUCUACACGGAAGGAUGAUAUUUCCCGUAGGCGACAAACUUGCUCUCGGCGCUAAUUUUCUGGAAGCAUUCAAAGGAUACGAUGCCUUUACUGAGCCCCUUGAGCGACUUUUGACCAAGCAGGGUGAACUUAUCGGGCCUGAUAUCACAGCGGAAAUCGAAAUGAAAGGGAAAUGGUUUCGGUGUCGCUUUACUCCUACCGGACCGAGGAGUGUACCCGCGGCUGGAAAGCCGGAAAGUACCUCACCGACGAAGGGGGGGCCGGUUGAUGCAGUCACGCUUGUUGCAGCGGACGUUACAGCAAGAUAUAUAGCCGACAAAGAGAAGAUGCAACUUGAAGAGAGGGAGUCAGCAGCUGUUAAAGAGUCCCAACUAAAGAGCACAUUCUUAGCAAAUGCGUCGCAUGAGAUUCGAACGCCCAUAUCCCAAAUCAUUGGAAUGUCUGAGGUUUUACUGGAUACGCACCUUGAGGACCAACAAAGGGAGUAUACGACCAAUAUCAAUCGAAGUGCAAAUGCUCUGAAAGCGAUCAUCUCCGAUAUUCUCGACUUGUCUAAAAUCGAAGCCAAGAAGAUGACCAUCACAAAUAGCGCCUUUGAUUUAAAUCUACUUCUCAUCGAGAUUAUCGACAUGUUCAAAGUCACAACGAGUCAAAAGGGGCUUACUUUCGACCAUAUCAGUAUACUGGAUGAAUCAGACUACUUGGUAGUUGGAGACCAAGGGAGAGUCCGACAGAUUUUAACAAAUCUCAUGGGGAAUGCUUUUAAAUUCACAUCGGAUGGGUUCAUUCGAAUGAUCACAAUGAGAGAUAGAGAGCAACCGGACCCGGAGAGGGUACGAAUACGAUUUACCGUCGAAGAUAGCGGUGUGGGAAUAUCGGAUGAAGCUUUGAAGAAGAUAUUUGUACCCUUCAGUCAAGCUGAUCAUACUACAAGCGCGAGAUUUGGGGGUACGGGCUUGGGACUUUCAAUAUCUAAAGAGUUAGUCGAGCUAAUGCAAGGCGAGAUCGCCCUGGAGAGAAGUAAAGGCAGCCCCGGCUGUGUAGCCUGGUUUACGAUUCCGUUUCAACGGUAUGACGGCCGCAAAACCAUCGACCCGGUUCGAGAUAGCGAGAGCAACGGUGCAAUGAACCGUUUUCGCUUCGAGAUGGAGCGUGCGAUGAAACGAGAUGAAGAGGUUUCAUCCGUAGGAUCUAUCAGCCCCGCUCCUUCCCCUCGCGCUAGGGCUGCACAGCUACAUAACUCCCCCCUCGUACCUGCGAUACCCUCGAACUCGGGUGUCCCGCGAGUCUCGGCAACAUUAAUGCCACCACCUGAGCACCCAGCUUCGACAUCCCGGGCUGUGAACUCGACCACAGUUGGCCGUCGAGGCGAUCCUCCUAGAGUGCUGGUCAUCGAUGACGACGAAGUUGUUCGCCUAGUGUUCGUACGGCACCUAGAAGGAGCCGGGUGUAAAGUUAAGACAGCAAAUAACGGCCAAAAGGGACUCGAGGUUCUUGAAGAAAUGGCGAAGAGUGAUUGUCUCCCCCAUUUAGUACUGACUGAUUGCCGAAUGCCGGUUAUGGAUGGCUACAAAUUCACAACAAAAGUGCGAACUCAUCCAUCAGCCGAUAUACGGAAUUUACCGGUGGUCGCUAUGUCCGCUGCCACUACUGAUGAAGAGAGGGCGCAUUGUAUAAAAGUGGGGAUGUCUCGCUUCUUAUCGAAACCCGCAAAGAAAGAGGAAUUAUAUGAAGUACUCUCAGACUGUUUAAGGUCGGGGAGGGUACCAACUCCGAACUCAUCAGGCCCAACAUCUGCUCCUGGGGCAGGUGUAGUGGGCAAUUCGAAUUGA